UGUGCUUACAUGAAAACAAUAUAAUUUAUACAUCCGGGUUAGUAUUGGCUAUGGCGGCGGGUGGAUCACCUACAGUGCAAUGGUCGGAUAAGACCUAUAGCAUUGCAGAGAUUAUAAACGAGGAGGAAUUCGAUUUACCCUUAUUGGUCAAGGUGGAAGAGGGCAUCUGCAGUGACAAUGAUUCAGAGAGUUUUUCUCAAGAUGAUCUCCUAAAAUUUGACUCGGUGAAAUCGAUACCGAAAGUAGUGGCGUGCUGUGUGGACUACAGAGGCCGAAACAGGAUGUCAAGCGUAAUUCGUGAGGACGAGCAUGGGUACGCCGAGAAAACAGUGGACUUUACCAUCCCUCUACGGUACAAGGGUGUGGUCCAAAUAGUCCACCCAGAGUCCGGCACAAAGAUCUACCACAACAUCAGUGAAGUGCUGAAAGAUCUCCCGAGAUACGUGAAAGUUGUAGAUUCCUUUGUAUCAAAAAACAAUAUUAGCGUUCAAAGUAAAUCGAUUAUUGAAGUCGACAGAAAAAUUCCCGACGAGGGCCUAGUGUGUUACAUGAUAGAUGACGAUCUCCAAAAUAGCACGAAUAGGAUAAAACUGGUGUUUGACCUUGAUGACACAUGUAGUUUUUUCUUGUUACCAGACAAAACUUAUUACACUCUGGAAGAGGUCGCCAAAAGGUUCCCUCUGCCCCAGUACGUCACAUUCAUGAAGGAAAGCGGUCCAAAACUAGUAACGACCAACAUACAAGAGGCGGUUGAGCAUUCAAGAAUAUUUGAGGGCACCGUGAAAAUUAAGAAACUUAUAGAGCAGAAAACAAUCAUUGGUCACUACAAACCUCCAGAGCAGGAGGAGCUAAAGACCCAAAGUUUAUGUCAAAGAACUCUUAUCAUUAUUCCACUGGACAGUCCGACAGCCAGAGAGAUCGAGGUGAGGGUACCACUGGACGUAGAGGAUGACGAUCAAUACGAGCUAGUAUUGGCGAGGAACUUCUCACAGAUGAAUAUUAUCAGUGAAGAAAACAUUGAUGGGACAAUAUAUGUGGACUUUCUAAAGACACCGAAAGCUACAUUUGUUCAUUAUGACGAAAUAGAGUUCGUUCCUCCAAGACCACCCAGAACGAAAGUGAAAAAGGACGAAGAAAAAAAGGGAGACUAUCUGGAAAAAGACGAAGCAGAGCUCGUAUGUCUAGAAGUGAAAAAGGACGAAGAAACACAGGGAGACUAUCUGGAAAUAGACGAAGCAGAGCUCUUAUGUCUAAAAGAGAAUAAGGACGAAGACGAAGAGGAAGACUAUCUUAGAGUCUUUGAAGCAGAGCCCUUAUGUCUAGAAGAUGCAGACAAGGAAAAGGGCAAAAGUGAGGUGCGACUAAGGGAGACCACCACCAAAACAGCAACCAAAGUGAAACAUCGAUUUUCUUUGCGAAGAAUGCAUCACAAACUACUCAAAAUGUCUAGAAGGACUUCGAGUGAUACAGUGACAGAGACACACCGUGAGCGGUUUGCAUCUUUGACCUCCAUGGAUAUGUAUAAUUGCCUUUUAAAAAUCAACAUGGUUGAUAUGGCGAAAUGCUGCCUUGACAACGGAUUCAAUGGGGUGUUCUUCAACUCAGUCACGGAUGAACAGUUAAAGACCGAUUUUAAUCUAUCCCCUAUUCAGGUGAUGAAGUUUCGUAGGUUUCAGAACAAAGGAUGGUUACCACAAUAAUUGGUGCAUUAUCUCCCCUGAUGUGCUCUUAUGGACAUGACGUAUGGUGCAAAUAAUAAAAUCAUGACAAAAUUGUUGAUCAAUUUUCCUCAGACUGUAUAUAUAUUGAAUAUUGUUACCAAUCCGUGCUAUUGAGUUGACUCAUUACUGUACCUGAUUGUGAACGGAACAAUGAAACCGUCUGUGAGAGAUUAUAAAAAACAACUCAAUCCUCGAUACUCCAGGGGUAACGCACAGUUUCGGAACACCUGGAGUAUUGAGGAUGUACUUGUUCUGGACAACAUCCACUGUCGACUUGUGUAGAUUCCUGUAUCAACAUGACAUGUAUUAUACUUCAACGUUGUGUUUCUUACUACUGGGCUAUUAAAUCUAUCAUUUACAAACUUAUAUCUCGUCCCCUGGUCCCGAAAACCUCGGGGUUCUUUCAGGGAUGUCACGUCUAAAUGGCUGAAGAACAAAAUGAUUAUAUAGAUGUCAUAAAAGCUGAUUAUAUUUUGUCUAAUUGUGCCAUGUAGACAGGAUAAUCCAUAUCUUCGGGUUAACGGGAAAAUAUCUAGAUUCGGUUAAUCGCGGAAAUCCCUAUCUUCGGGUAGAUGGGAAAUCCCUAACUGCGGGUAGAUUGGAAAACACCUACCUUACGGUAAGCUGGGAAACCCUACAUUCAGAUAGACAAAGAAAGCCCUACCUUCGCGUAGACGGGGAAAUCCCUAGCUUCCGGUAGAUAAGAAAACCCCUUCCUUCGGGUAGACGGGGAUAUCCCUACCUUCGCGUGGACGGUAAAAUCCCUACCUUUGGGAAGAUGCCGAAAUCCCUACCUUCGGGUACACUUAAAAAUCCUACCUUCGGAUAAAUGGGGAAAUUCCUACCUUCGGGUAGAUCGGGCAUUUCUACAUUCGGUUAAAUGGGGAAAUCCUUACAUUAGGAUAGAUAGGGAAAUACCUACCUUCAGGUAGAUGGAGAAAUCUCUACAUUUGGGUUAGACGAGAAAAAUCACUUCAGUCGGGUAAAUGACGAAAUCCCUACCUUCGUGUAGACAGGGAAAUUCCUACCUUUGGGGAGAUGGGGUAAUCCCUAUCUUUGGGUUAGACGAGGAAAUCCCUACCUUUGGGUAGAUGGGGUAAACGAGGAAAUCCCUACCUUUGGGUAGAUGGGGUAAACGAGGAAAUCCCUACCUUUGGGUAGAUGGGGUAAACGAAGAAAUCCCUACCUUUGGGUAUAUGGUGAAAUCCCCACUUUAAGAUAGACGUGGAAUGUCCUACCUUUGGGUAGAUAAGAUAAUCCCUACCUUCGUGUAAAUGGAAAAAAUCCCUAACUUCGGGUAGAUUAGAAAACUCCUACCUUCGGGUAAGUGGGGAAACCCUACAUUCGGAUAAACGGAGAAAGCCCCACCUUCGCGUAGACGGGGAAAUCCCUACCUUCGUGAAGACCGGGAAAUUCCUACCUUGGGGUAGACGGGGAAAUCCUUUUCUUUUGGGCGACGAGGUAAUCCCUGCCUUAAGGUAGACAGGGCAAUUUUCUACUUCGGGUAGACGUGGAAAUUCCUACAUUCAGGAUAAAGUUUAUAUGACUGUGUUCUUCAAUCUACAAAUGUUUUCUAUUACAUAAUGAUAACCUACCAAUAUGUUUUAUGUAAGUUUUGUAAUUUUACAUGAGUGGAUAAGACACAUAUAAUAGAUUGUCUGUGGCUAUAGAUAGUAUACCAAUUACAUAUGGUUGAUGGAAGAUGAAGUGUCCUAAUACCUUUGAUUAAUAAGACACAUUUUACACACCAUCAAUACUGAUUAUACUGAUUUCGAUAUACAUGUAAAAUUGUAUAAAUAAAACAAAGAAAUUUAAA